UAAUAAUUAAAAUGAAUACAUUCAUUAUUUUUACUCUUUUAGCUCUAUUUGUGGUGCCUAAUGCAAGAACAGAAGGAACUUAUACUCUUGCUUUUGCCGAAUCCGGGGUAGGAAUCUACGCAAUUUAUAUGAAAAUUGCAGAGAACAGUCAGGAUAACUUUACAGUGACGAUGGAAGCCCAAUUCCCUAAAGUAGUGAUUCUGAGCAUUUAUAGCCGUAAUUCUUUGUACUGAUUCGAUACAAAAUCGUCAACUUAUGAGCUUGGAAGUAGUGAUAAAUCAUUAUCAGGAUUUUUCGUUCAAUAUAAAUGCGGCAAUCCUUGCAAUACUCUUAGCGAUCUUAUCAAUUUUGAAUAUUGGGCAGGCACUUACCAAUACACUGGUUCAACUGGAGCUAUUGAUGGAUCAACAGGUCCUUCUGCAGCUCUUAUUACUAAAACGAGCCCAGAUUCCACUGACACAUCGAAUCCUUGGUCACAAAAAGCAAUGCAUAUUAUUGCCACUGAAAUUGACGGAGCUACUCUGUCAAGUGCAUACAAUCUUCCUGCUACAAAUACUACAGCCUACAUGAAGUGCUAUUUUAGUGGGAAUUUGUAUGCAAAUCAGAGAACCAACAGUGAUAUUCCAUCAACUUAUCCUGCUUCUCUCAUUGGAGUCGAGUUGGCUUCAGGGAAUAUCACAAAUGUAAGCGGUGAUAGCAGUUGUAGCGGUGGUAACAGCAUUAGCGGAAACAACAGAACUUCCUCUGCAUAUAAGAUGAUGAUCCUUCCAGCUUGACUCCUUUUGACUCUAGUUCAGAUCUGAGUGUAA